CCUCUCUCCUCCGCUCUGUCUCCAUCUCUUCUCUUCCUCACUGGUCCCUUAAGCCUACUGCAUCACAGGAGCUAUCCAGUGCUGAACAGGAUCGCUUUUAUUUUUUAUUUUUUUAUGUUUUGGGGGAAGCUGGGGGAGCCAGAGAGCAUCACACAGCAUUGUCGCCAGCCUUGUUCUUCUCUGAUUUACAUUUGAUUUUCCAUCCUGUGCUUUUGGCCGUGUCUUCACAUUCACCAAAAGGAUUACCGUCCGAGCAUCUCUUUCUCUCAUGUGUUUUUCUCUAAUAAGUGCUCCCAUCCUCUGAAACAUGCCCCGCUCAUUUUUGGUCAAGAAGAUCAAGCUUGAUGAUUUCUCUUCGUCCAAUGUUCCCUCAUCUAACCACCACCACCACCAGCAGCCUCUGGAUGACUUCACUUUCACGCGCUCCAUCUCGGACCCUGUGACCACUCUGGGCGUCCGUCUCAGUGAGAAUGGCUACAUCCAGGAUUACAUCACACCAUCUGUGUACCAGGGGGAGAAGAAGUUGGAGCACAGGUUGGUGUCGGACCCUCUGUAUAGCCCGGUGAGCGGAGGAGAGGAGUACUGCGACCCCGACCUCAAGCAGCCCGUCCCCCAAUCCGGGAUGACAGCCAGCGGUUACUAUAGCGGCGAAUCAGAUGGUCCCGCGAGGGGGUACACCUUGGAUGCCUUCUUCAUCUCGGACGGGCGCUCACGGAGGAAGGGUGAUCGUGACCAUCGGGGGGCGAGCUCCAGAGAGAGUCCCAGUGAAGUGGUGCCGGAGCGGGUCAACGGUACGGCACGACACACUUGUAAUGAGUGUGGUAAAACCUACGCCACUUCAUCCAACCUGAGCCGGCACAAGCAGACGCACCGCAGCCUGGACGGCAAGAUGGCGCGCAAAUGUCCGACCUGUGGUAAGGCUGUAACGUGUUCCAUGCCCGCGCUGGGCAUGCACAUCCUGACCCACGACCUCAAGCACAAGUGUGAUGUGUGCAGCAAAGCCUUCAGCAGACCCUGGCUCCUCCAGGGCCACAUGCGGUCACACACAGAGAGAAGCCCUUCGCCUGGCGCCCACUGCGGGAAAGCCUUUGCCGACCCGCUCCAACCUCCCGCGCCCACAUGCAAACGCACCUCUGCCUUCAAGCACUACCGAUGCAAGCGCUGCAAUAAGACCUUCGCCCUCAAGUCCUACCUGAACAAGCACUAUGUCGCGUGCUUCAAGGGCUCAGCAGACGAGGACGACUCCGGAUCAGAAAACUAACACAGAAUAAUCCUGCUCACUCUGCCCUCCCAUGCCUUUUUUCUUCCCUUUUUUUAGAAAGCAAUAUUUUCACUGAGAU